AUACGAUCGAAUCCUUGCGCUGCAAACAAACGCAGGCAGAGUAGCGAGACUGUGAGAGAGUUGAGGAGCGGGAGUUUUGUGAGCAGGGAUGGCGAUUGCGAAUGAGGAGGAAUUUCGUGUGUACAACUCCAUGACUCAGCAGAAGGAGAUUUUCAAGACGCACGAGCCGGGGCGUGUUGGCAUGUACGUCUGUGGCGUCACUGCCUACGACCUCAGCCACCUCGGUCACGCUCGCGCUGCCGUCAAUUUCGACGUCCUUUUCAGAUACUUACAGCACUUGGGCUAUCAAGUUACUUACGUGCGGAAUUUCACUGAUGUUGAUGACAAGAUAUUUCGUAGAGCAAAUGAGCUUGGGGAGGAACCCUUAAGUUUAAGUAACCGUUUUUGCGAAGAAUAUCUUGUCGACAUGGCUGAUCUUCAGUGCCUCACUCCAACCCAUCAGCCUCGCGUUUCUGAUCACAUGGAACAGAUAAAGGAUAUGAUAACUCAGAUUAUCAACAAUGAUUGUGCAUACUUGGUUGAUGGAGAUGUAUUUUUUGCUGUUGAUAAAUCACCAAAUUAUGGCCAGUUAUCUGGGCAGAAAUUGGAAAACCACAGGGCUGGUGAACGAGUUGCUGUUGACUCAAGAAAGCGUAAUCCAGCUGACUUCGUAUUGUGGAAGGGUGCAAAACCUGGCGAGCUAAGUUGGGACAGUCCAUGGGGUCCUGGAAGACCGGGGUGGCACAUAGAAUGCAGUGCAAUGAGUUCUCAUUACCUCUCCUUCCGAUUUGAUAUUCAUGGUGGUGGAAUUGAUUUGAUCUUUCCACAUCAUGAAAAUGAGAUUGCACAGACCUGUGCUGCUUGCCAACAGAGCCGUGUGAGUUACUGGAUGCAUAAUGGGCAUGUCACUAAUAACAAUGAGAAAAUGUCCAAGUCAUUGGGUAAUUUUUUCACAAUUCGUGAGAUAACUCAACGGUAUCAUCCGCUGGCUUUGAGACAUUUUCUGAUAAGCGCACACUAUAGAUCUCCUCUCAAUUAUACAGUCUCACAGCUGGAUAGUGCAUCAGAUGCUGUUUAUUACAUAUAUCAGACUUUGCAAGACUCUGAAGAUGCUUUAUCCCCAUUCCAAAAAGGAAGCCUUAAGGAGGUGCCAGAACAGAAAGGCAAAACAGCGCGGGUUACUUCUGCUGCCCAAGAGUGCAUCAGUAACCUACGCAGUGAGUUUCAGACUAAAAUGUCAGAUGACUUGAACACUGCACAGAUAUUGACUGUUGCUUUUCAAGAAGCCUUGAAGUUCAUAAACAGUUCUUUGAACAUGCUCAAGAAGAAGCAACCGAAGCAACAACAGUUAUCGAUGAUUGAGUCUCUUAUCGCAGUAGAGAAAGAAGUUAAAGAAGUUCUUAAUAUUCUAGGGUUACUAUCCUCUUCCACGUACUCGGAGGUUCUGGAGCAAUUAAAGGACAAGGCUUUGAAGAGAGCAGGGUUAGUGGAAAAUGAUGUGUUGCAUCUGAUUGAAGAAAGAACUCUAGCAAGGAAAAACAAGGAUUUCUCGAAGAGUGAUCAGAUCAGGGCUGAUUUAACUGUGAAGGGCAUUGCGCUGAUGGAUGUGGGAGAUGAAACUAUUUGGAGACCAUGUGUCCCAGUUGAACAGGAACAUAAUGCCCUGCCAGUUGAGCAAACAGCCAGCACCACUGGUUGAAAAAGAAAGUCACAUCCAUUUAACAGUAACAUGCAGAUGCUGAACUGAUCACUGGUACAGUUUUAAUUAUUUACUGGUAUUACUGUAAGUUUGUCAUAAUGUUGUAACUGGCCAUCUCAAGUUUAUAUGACCCCAAGAUCAGGCUGUGUGACCAAGAGCCAGGGGGUCUUAAAUAUAAAGCAAUGUGCCCUUAUUAUGGCCAUAUUAUACAUACUUAAACGU